GCACACGGAGUGUUGCGUGGUUUGGGAUUUAACCCCCUCGAUCCAGGAAGUAGAAGUUGCUCGAGUCUCGGUCUCAUCAUCUACACCAGCUUCUCUCAGGGAAACACAAAGUAUUGUUAGCUCUUCUAUAGCAAUAAACUUGGACACAUUAACCGCAGGCUUCUUGAGCUGACUUACACACACACACACACACUCACACACUCACUCACACACUCCGGUGCUAUGGCGUUAAAAAGAAUACAGAAGGAGCUUCAAGAUUUGCAAAGGGACCCUCCUGCACAAUGCUCGGCUGGACCUGUUGGAGAUGACCUGUUUCACUGGCAGGCAACAAUAAUGGGACCUACUGAUAGUCCAUACCAAGGAGGGGUCUUCUUCCUUACUAUCCACUUUCCCACAGACUAUCCCUUCAAGCCUCCAAAGGUAGCAUUUACGACAAAAAUUUAUCACCCAAACAUAAACAGUAAUGGAAGCAUUUGCUUGGACAUCUUGAGGUCACAGUGGUCCCCAGCACUAACAGUUUCAAAAGUUCUAUUGUCCAUAUGCUCCUUGCUCUGUGACCCAAACCCUGACGACCCCUUAGUCCCAGACAUAGCACACAUCUACAAAUCAGACAAAGAAAAAAAAGCAUCUCAGCAUGCACAGCACAUCAAACCUUGAGGCGGAUGGGCUACAACAGCAGAAGAACACGUCGGGUUCCACUUCUGUCAGCCAAGAACAGAAAGCUGAGGCUGCACUGGGCACAGACUCACCAAACCUGGACAGCUGAAGACUGGAAACACGUAGCCUGCUCUGAUGAAUCUGAUUUCUGCUGAGGCACACAGAUGGUAGUGUCAGAAUUUGGCACCAGCAGCGUGAAUCCAUGGAUCCAACCUGCCUUGUGUCAGCAGUCCAGGCUGGUGGAGGUGGUGUAAUGGUGUGGGGAAUGUUUUCUUGGCACGUUUUGGGGCCGUUAAUACCAAUCAAUCAUCGCUUGAAUGCCACAGCCUAUCUGAGUAUUGUUACUGACCAUGUGUAUCUCUUCAUGGCCACAGUUUACACAUCUUCUAAUGGCUCUGUGAGUGUGAUUCUACACUUUUAUAGGGAAAAAGAUUAUUAUUAAUGGUUCUACUGGGAAUCUUUAAUGGUAGUAAAACCCUCCAUUACAGAGCUCCACUGAAAACCUUUAAGCAUUCCCUCUAGAGCCUUUUAAGUUGCUAAAUUUAACUUUUUUCUUAAGAGUGUACUAACCUGUUACAUAGCAAGUUAUAACAGGUAUAUAUGCGUGUUUGUGAUUGAGGUCAUUUCCCCCCUUUUUUGUUUUUUGUUUU